AUGUGGAAGAAGCUUUUGAAACUGCGGCCUUUGGCUAUGCAAUUAACUAAGAAGGAAGUCAACAGUGGAGCCACCACCUCUUUCUGGUUUGAGAAAUGGUCAUCAAUUGGCCAACUGAUUGAGCUAACAGGAGCAAGAGGGUGUAUGGAUCUUGGUAUUCCUAUAAACUCUACGGUGGAGAAAGCUAUUCAGAUGUAUCGAGCGAGAAGGCAUUGUGUUCACCCUCUUAGGCAGGUUGAUCGCGAGAUUAUGGCUCUCAAAAAUAAAGGUCUCAACCAGCUAGAUGAUAUAUGCCUUUGGAAGAGGGAGAAUGGGGAGUUUAAAACCGAUUUCAGAACAUCUCAUACUUGGAAUCUUGUAAGAAGCUCAUCUCCAAAGGUGUCUUGGGUAAAAGGAGUGUGGUUCACUGAAGCUACCCCGCGAUUUUCUUUCUUAGUUUGGCUUGCUAUUCAUGACAGACUAGCAACAGGAGAUAGGAUUCUUAGGUGGAAUCCACAAGCCGUUUCUACAUGCUGGUUGUGUAACACGGAAGCUGAGACUCGUGAUCACCUAUUUUUUGAGUGCUCUUUUUCCAAGGAAGUCUGGAUUGGAACCAUUAAACAAUUGGCAGGGCGUGGAGAAGUGUACAAAUGGGAUAGAGUGCUUCGGAUUGUUGAGAAGGGUUUACAUAAGUGGAGUCGACUGUGUUACUGCGUUAUUGCUUUCAGGCCGUGGCUUAUGCGUUAUGGCAUGAGAGGAAUGUGA